CGCAGACACUGACUCAAGCAGAGGAAACUGACUCAGACAGACAGAGAGACAGAGGGGCAGACAGCCAGACAGACCGGGGAGAGAAGAGACCUCCGCAGCAGCAGCAGCCGCCGCCGCCGCCAGCAUGAGUACCCAGUUUAACAAGGGUCCGUCCUAUGGUUUGUCUGCAGAAGUUAGAAACAGGUUGGCUCAAAAAUAUGAUCCCCAAAAAGAAGCAGAGCUUCAAGUCUGGAUUGAGGAAGUAACUGGAAUGACCAUUGGCCCAGAUUUCCAGAAAGGGUUAAAAGAUGGUGUCAUCUUGUGCGAACUCAUGAACAAGCUAAGGCCAAACUCCAUAAAAAAAAUUAAUGUCUCCAAGCAAAACUGGCAUCAGCUUGAAAACCUCUCAAACUUCAUUAAAGCUAUGAAUCUUUAUGGGAUGAAAUCUGUGGACCUGUUUGAAGCUAAUGACCUUUUCGAAAAUGGAAAUAUGACCCAAGUUCAGGUGUCUCUGCUGGCGCUGGCUGGCAUGGCAAAAACUAAAGGUCUGCAAAGUGAUGUGGAUAUUGGGGUGAAAUACUCAGAGAAGCAAGAAAGAAACUUUGAUGAAAACACAAAGAAAGCGGGACAGUGUGUCAUUGGACUACAGAUGGGUACAAAUAAGUGUGCCAGCCAGUCUGGUAUGACCGCGUAUGGAACAAGAAGGCAUCUGUAUGACCCAAAGCACAAUAUCUUGCCUCCCAUGGACCAUUCCACUAUCAGCCUUCAGAUGGGCACCAACAAAGGAGCCAGCCAGGUGGGAAUGACUGCUCCUGGUACACGCCGCCACAUCUAUGAUACAAAGAUGGACACAGAGAAGUGUGACGCUUCUUCAAUGUCACUUCAGAUGGGAUCCAACCGAGGAGCCAAUCAAAGUGGCCAGAUCUUUGGGUUGGGCCGGCAAAUCUAUGAUCCCAAAUAUUGUCCAAAGGGCAAUCCUAACAAUCUGCCCAAUCAGAAUGAGGAAGAAGAUCAGCAACAGUACAGCUACCAUCAUGAACAGGACUUCUAAAUCACUUGCGUUGUGUGGGCUUCAACACAGUAUGUCACGCACCGAUUAUAUGACCAAACUGCCUUUAUUGGCCUUUUAAUAACUCCGCCAAAACUCCAAAAUAAGUGGACUUGAACAUUUUCUAUUUUUUUUUUUUCAAAAUUUUUUUUAAACUGUUCUUUUUUUUUUUAGGUAAAAUUGAAAAAAAGAUUUAAAAAGUGUCUGGAUGUUGUAAUGGUAUGUAAUUCAGCCAUAUCUACAGAGGUGUGCUUUAUGAUUUUACUAUUGCUUUAUAACACUCAGGGGAGAUACUAUUAGCCAUACCUCCUUCAUGAGUGCUCACAAACUAGUGAAUUCUCUAACCUCGAAAAAUGUUUUGUUGGAGAACCCACAAAACAACUUUUUUGUGUCUCGUGCAGCUACAGUAUGCAAUGUGUUUUUUUGUGUUCCUGGGGUGCUGAAAUUGGUGAAGCUAGAUUUUCCUGUUCCCUAAUGUGACACACUCAAGCCAGUCCUGCAGGGUGGGAAGUAAUCAGAAAAUGUUCUGCAGAUAUCUUUCUGGAGAGGUGUAAACUGGUUACUCUUUUUUUUUUUUUUUUUUUAAAUCUAGUAGUUCUGUCUAUUUUAUAUCUUGCUUAUGACCAAAUAACAUACCUCUUUGUGUAUUAUGGAAAAAUUCAGGUUCAAAUAUUUCUCAUGCCUACUUCAAGGAGACUAUGGGGCAAAGGUGAUAGGGUGUGAGAAUCAGAAAGUGAGAGAUUUUGGUAAAAUUCUCCUGGUUUUUUAAAGUGGCAUACAUUUACAUGGCAAAACCAGGUUGAUUUUGCCAUGUAAAUGAUUGCCACUUUAAAAAAAACAGGAGAUUUUUACCAAAAUCUCUCACUUUCUGAUUGUCACAACCGAUUACAUUUCACCCUAUGCAUGGUCUCCUAUAUACACAAUAUAGAAUAAAGUCUUAUUUGUUACAUUUACUUAAUUGUGUUUCUCCCUGUUCCUGCUGGCAGAGCUCAUCAGUAAAGUGGUGGGCCAGUCUGUGUGAGUAGAGCGAGUAGAACUGUUACAUACUGAUGUAAUGAUGAUACUGUAAUACUUGAUGGUACCUUCUUAGAUGUUAAGUAUAGUUUGCACUAGAUAAAAUGUUUAGUGUAUCUAUGGCAAACUGAUUAUAUAUCAACUGAAAGAUGCCACCAAAUGUAAUGUGACUUUGUUUUUUUAUCCUGGAAUAAUAUGACAAUCGUACAUAUAUUAGUACAUAUGAUACCUAAUGGUGUUACUGGUUAUCUCAACAUAUUGUUUUUCUGUAGACUGUUCUUUUUGUAGGCUGUGUCCUCAUGCAUUUUAUGCAUACAGAGUUCCUUAUGGGAAAGGAGAAAUGGGACUCCUCAUUAACCAGAACUCCAUGCCGCAGUGCAAGCACAUCAUUUUAUACCUUACCUACAUUCCUUGACCGGAGACAAUAUGUGAAUGUCUUUUGUAUGUUUAAAAAGUGUUUUUCUAAUCUAAUAAAGGAUGCGACUGGA